AUGUCUUCUUCACAAACUGCUCUUGUUGUUGGUCUUGGUGGUGUCACUAAUGGUGGUAAAACAACCAUAUGUCAGUUUCUUGAACGUGUAUUUUCUUCUAAUAAAUACAAUCUUAAUGUAAAGUCAUUACAUCUCGAUGAUUAUUUUCGUUCAAAUGAUGAUCCACAACACAUACAUCUGGAUAAAUUUAAUCAUCAUGAUUGGGAUUGUUUAAAUGCACUUGAUAUAGAUCGAUUUAUUAAAGAUGUUCAAUCUAUUCGUUUGAAAUGUAAUCUUUUACUAAUUGAAGGAUUUCUUAUAUUUAACAUAGUACGUUCAUCAAAAGAUGAUUAUCAAUAUGAUUUAGCUUAUUAUUUUGAUUUACCAUAUGAAGAAUGUCGAAAACGACGAUACGAGCGAAAUUAUGAUCCACCAGAUCCAGAAGGUUAUUUUGAAGAACAUGUUUGGGACGCUUAUAUUGAAGCAAAGAAAGACGCAAUCGAACAAAAUAAAGACAUAAAAUUAAAGUUUGUCGAUACAACUAAAGAACCAUUUGAAAAAAUUCAAGAAAAAAUUAUUAAAGAUAUUGAAACAGUUUUGAAACUUUAA